AUGGUGGACGCGACGAUGCAACCGCCUUAUGCCUACAUACACGACGGAGGAGAAAGCCUCCUCAAGAUCCGCAUUGAGAGUAUGCAUAAGAAGCUGAAGGAGCCACCACGUUUGCUCAGCUCAGCCGCCGGAAAACCAACUUGCUCAAUCUUCCGAGUACCUCAGAGCAUGAUCGAUUGUAACGGCAGAUGCUAUGAGCCACGAGUGGUCUCGGUGGGACCGUACCACCGAGGCCAAACGCACCUUCGAAUGAUCGAAGAACACAAAUGGCAUUACUUAAACGCUCUUGUCACUCGAACCCACCAAACAAAAUCCUUAACCCUCGAGGAUUACAUGAGGUGUGUGAAGAGCGUCGAGAAAGAGGCGAGAGAGUGUUACUCCGAGUCAAUCCUAAUGGACUCGGAAGAGUUCAAUGAGAUGAUGGUUCUUGACGGUUGUUUCAUUCUUGAGCUGUUUCGUAAAGUCAGCGGACUUGUUCCUUUCGAACUUGACGAUCCAAUCGUGACCAUGGCUUGGGUUCUUCCUUUUUUCAACAGAGACUUCCUCCGUCUUGAGAAUCAAAUACCUUUCUUCGUUCUCGAAUCUUUGUUCGAUCUCACCAGAGGGGAUAACGAAAAAGAGACCAACGCUUCUUUACCGUCUCUGGCUUUUGUGUUUUUCAACGACAUGAUGACCAGAACAAAGGAAGAUCUCGCGAGACUCAAAGACCUAGGAGCCAAACACCUCCUCGACCUUGUCCGGUCAAGCCUGCUACCGAACAGUGAGCUUCACGCGCUCCCGAAAACAAAUCCGGCGAACAAGAAGACGCCGCUCUACAUCAUCCAGAACAUCUCAAAGCUCCGGGUAUCCGGGGUCCAGAUCCGGGAGCUAAAAAACGCAGAGAGCUUCCUCGUUGUGAGAUUCAGACACGGCACGAUCGAGAUGCCGUGCAUCACCGUAGACGAUUUCAUGAGCAGCUUCUUACAGAACUGCGUGGCUUACGAGCAGUGCCACGUGGCGUGCUCGAAGCAUUUCACGACGUACGCGACGCUACUAGACUGUCUGAUAACCACUCACGGAGACGUUGAGUAUCUAUGCGACCAGAACAUCAUAGAGAACUAUUUCGGAACACAAGCAGAGGUUGCUGAAUUCGUGAACAGUCUAGGCAAAGACGUUGUGUUCGACAUAAGAGAGUGUUACCUCAGCGAGUUGUUUAACGAGGUGAAUGAGUAUUACACCAGUAGUUGGCGCGUAGAAUGGGCUGUUUUCAAAUUCUUUUAUUUUAGUUCUCAAGAACCUUGGUAUUUUAUCUCUGCUUUUGCUGCUUUAAUCCUUUUGAUCUUGGCUGCUAUUCAAACUAUUUACACUGUUGUCCAGGCCUAUCAAAGAUAA